GUCACGUGGAAAAUGAAUCAAGCGCAAUCAUCAGCACGCUUUUGGGAGAUCAACUGUGUGUGUACAUACUCUGUGCCUUCCACUGGGCUGACUUAUCGUUAUUAUUACGAUGGUGAAAUCUAGCAAUUUGUCGGUUUGGGCAAAGCGAAGGAAACUCCUUGAUAUGUGUUGGGCAGGAAUGGCACUUUCCUAUUCUUUUUCCGGUCAAUUUACAUUCACAGUUGAUUGCAUUUCCUUGUAGGCCAUGAGGAGCAACACCCCCCCAGCCUCACACUUGUAACGAGAAUUCAAAUGCAGCAGCUGGCUUUCCAGAUUAACGGUGACUGUAAAUCAAGACAAUUGCUGAAUUGCAGGCAGAGCGAGCAGUCAGUCCCGGGGGUUCAUAAACUUCGGUUGAGAUGGCGUGAAUUCAACCUGAAAGAAAAUCAAGUAACGAUCGCCACUUCCCAAAUGGUUUUUGGUUUCAUUGUCCGUCGUGCCGAGAGAGAGAGAUGGGGUAGUACUACACGUAUAAAAGUGUAUACUAAUGUCGAGGGGAUCCGCGCCAAUGGGUUUUCUCCUCUGGUCGGGGAAAUGGGCGGUCGAAAAUGAUUCACUCCCGCGAUAUAAAGUCCCAACUGAGGCAGACAAACUGACUGCUGCAGCGCUCACACAAGCGUGAUGUGUGUAGGCUUGCGCUAGCUUCUUUAUGCAUAUGCAGGCUGGGCAGCAGCAGGGCCGGGCAGCUCCUUUUGAGAAAAAAAAGGAACUUAGAAAGUGAUAUAUAUUCGGCCGUUUCGCUUUGGCACAUCACCAUUCUGCCAUGGCCGACACCAGCCCGCGAGACUUUCACGUCCGCCGUCUAUGACGAAGUGCGCCAGCGAUCGUACAACUCCGAUUGCUAUAGGCCAUAUUUGGUUGACAACGACGAAUGGUUCUUGGACUCUCGGCACGUUUCGAUUUGCCAAGAUAGACAUUGUGGGGCUUCUCCACGCCAAGAAGUCAUUCUAAUUCUUUCCAGUCGAAAAACUCCGAGGCUCGACUUUGCGCCAUCCCGCCCUUGCCCAGCCGAAUAUAAAAAGAAUGACGAGUUGAUUGAGGCAUGGGCCGAGAAGCGGACGCGUCGCACGUAAAUCGCUCUUCCUCCAACAUGACCCGAGAAAAGUGUUCUUCUUGGAUAACUUCACCUACAACUACGCGCGAGACGCUGUGACGUAUUGCUGAACAUUCCAAGAGCCCACCAAAAAGGUCGUCUGAAUGGGAAGCAUGUUCAAGUGGAAGGUUUCAUCGCUGACGUCGCGUGUUGGCAACGGCAACAGUUCCGGCGGCAAGAAAGCCGAUAAACACCUCAAUAAUAACGCGCCUCCGCCAGCAAAGACUCAGCAGCCGCCGCCGCCACCGACGUCGACCGACAAGAAUAAAACUGGCGAUCCGAGGGAUAAUUGCCCGGCUCCGCAGAAAGUCGUCCAGCAACCGCAGCCACAGCAUCCGGAACCUCCGCCGUUCUCACCGAUUCUACCUCGAUCCGCUGAUGGAUUUUCUCCUCGUCAGCAUUCGACAUCGGUUCAACAGCCCCAACAACAACAGCCCCAACAACAACAGCAGCAGCAACAACAACAGCAACAGCAACCGAAAUCUAUCGGUAGCCAUCAUUAUCGGUCCGUCCCACCGGCCGAACCUCAAUACCAUCAGCAGCGUCACGCAGAUGGAUCGCAAUCGUGGAACGAUUGGACUCAACAAUUGCUGGCGUACACGGCCUGGGUGAAUUCGCAGUUGAGGAAGCGGCCUGAACUGCCACUGAUUGAAGACAUGGGAAACGACCUGCAAGACGGUGUCCUUGUCGCCAAGUUGAUUGAAAUCAUCACUGGCAAAGACAUUCGCGGUAUCGACGUGAACGCCAAAACGCAGCAGGUCAAACGAGACAAUUUCGAAAAGAUUCUAACGUUCCUGGCGUCGCAGCGCGUGAGGACGUCUACCGUGACGUCUCGUGACCUGGCCACCGGCAAUCUCAAGUCGCUAAUGAGGUUGAUAUUAUCGCUAGCUUCACACUACAAACCGCAUAGCGUGAAGCAAGGAAGGGACUCGGCUUCGUUCCGAGCCAAUUCCCAGACGACGCCCAACCUUAAUGUGCCGACAAAUCGACGGUUCCCAACAACUGGUUUCGAACCGCAGGAGGUGGAUAUGAAGAUGGUCAACGCUUUGGCCACCCUACGACGCCAAAAUACCAACAGCGGCGCUACCGCUAUCCGGCCCGCUCUAGCCACAUCCUCUUCCGCCGCCGAUUUACUCAUGUCGCCUAGUGUACAGCGUCGUUACACGAUGAAUGGAUCGGCGAUCAACCGCGACGUUGCGUCACAACAACUGUCGUCAUUCGGAACGAUAUCGAACGCGCGCUCUUUGGCCAAUUUACAAUCGCAGAACAAUCACGAUGAUAGCAUGAUUGAAUCGCCUCGUAAUCAUGCGGCCAUGGCCACGUCCACGUCCGUCGGCGAUCUGAAUACCAGCGAGGAGGACGCCACGGUUCGGAAACCGAUUUUGAAAAAAGAUUCCAAAUACGGCAGUCGGAGAGAAUUGCCCGCCCUGGGCGUCUCUGGUGUCGUGUCCAAAGGUCGUCCGUCCAUUUUUGAAUUUUGGGAAAAUAUGCUAGGCCCCCAGCCGGACCCGAUGAGCAGUCUGACGCUUGCAGGAGGUGAAAGUAGCGAUGCUAAUGAGAACAAUAGCGGCUCCAGGGCCAGCAUGCGUCGUGUUCUGCCUCCGCUGCCCGGCCAGCCUCAGAGUUUGACCGUCAGCACAGCGAUUAAUCCUACGACUUGCAGCAGCAGCAGCAACAACAGCAAUGGAUCUGGUGAAUUGCUCGGCAGCCGUGGCGAAGUGGAAGGUUCGUCCAAUCAGCCGAGUCCGACUUGCGUGUCGGGUGAAAUCGAUCCCGGCUAUUGGAGUUCCGUGCGGAGCAACAUCAACCACGAGGAGAUGAUGAGCACGACGCCCGUCAAAGCUCACCAUGACCUACUCAUGGACGACCUCAAUCGCACCAAGAAACAACUAGCUGAACUCCAAAACAUGUUGUUGACCAACCAACAAGAGGCCACUAUGACGGAAAGCAAAGGAACUACCACAACUUCAUCAACUGACCCGGAUGCCAUCUCUUGGUUGAGAUCAACGCUGCACAGUGUAGAUCAGAGAUGCACCAACCUCCAGUCGGAUUUGAAAAAAGCCCAACAGGACUGUUUGACUUUGGAUGGCAGUCGCAGAGGACUGGCGGCCUGCUUAGCCAAUCAAGAGGAAGCGUUGAGCGGUUUGCGGCAAGAACUGGUACGAACUACACUUGCCAACCAGACGAUGACCAAUGAAAGGGUUGAAAUGCAGCGAAAACUGGAGGAGAAAGAUCGACAGAUUGCUGAUCUCAGACGUCAGCUCGCUGCUAAAGAUCGUGUGAUGGAAACCCAAAGAGCCGUCCUUGAAGAAGCAUCUCACAACUUCACCCCGGCUUUGCGAGCUAAGCUGGAUAAGAAUAUUAGCACAAUGGAUGCCAGGAGAAAUCAGUACCGUGAAGAGCUGCAUGUCGCACGCGAGGCUCUUUCCUCUCUUCGCUCAAAUUUCAGAGGAAACGAUCCAAACCAUCAUACUCUAGAUACACUAGAACAGUGCAUGGCUUUCCUACUUGAACGGAUUGCUGGACCCGACACCUUGGAUAUGACAUCUUCUGCCUCACAAUCGACUUUGAUUCAGCGCAAUGACACACUAAAGCGUGGUAACAUGAACGGUUACCACGGCGACCAAUUCACCAAAGUAGUUUACUUCACUGAGCGGACAGUAACGCCAUUCUUAACAGUUAUUCCACGACGACUUGGCGAGAUUUCGCUACGAGAUUUCAAAACAUUAUUCGAUCGCCCUGGUGUUUACAGAUUUCAUUUCAAAGCUCAAGACGCCGAGUAUGGAUUUGUUAAAGAGGAGAUCGCAGACGACAACAUGAUACUUCCAGGGUUCGAUGGAAAAAUUAUUGCCUGGGUCGAAGAGAUUCAAGUUUAGGCUCUAUUUUACGCCUGUAUAGAACCUUGUGUCGUGAACCGAUCCAAAAUGUAAAUUCUUCUUGCGCCUUUAAAAUUCAACUUAUAUUCAUUUAAUUAAAAUCCUUUGGGAUACGCAGUAUGUUAUAUAAUUUGACUUAAAAUGCUGAAAUGUAAACAACCCAACCCGUUCGAGCAUUUCUUUUAUUUAGUGUAUAAAAAUUAAAUAAUAGCAGACAUGACUCUUACA